GGGUUUCACCUACAGGUCCUACCGGAUGGGAAGAUUAAUGGUGUUCAUAGUGAAAGCCCUUAUAGUCUCUUAGAAAUUUCCACAGUAGAAAGAGGAGUUAUUAGCUUGUACGGUAUGAAGACUGAACAAUUUAUAGCAAUGAACAACAAAGGAAGAGUAUAUGCUUCAGCAACGUUUCAGGAUGAGUGCAAGUUUAAGGAAAUUCUGCUAUCAAACAAUUAUAAUGCCUAUGAAUCUCAGCAAUACAAAGGUGCUUACCUUGGAUUAAGCAAGCAUGGGAAAAUUAAAAGAGGAACGAAAAUUUCACCCGCAAUGACCGUCACGCAUUUUCUUCCGCGAAUAUGA